UCGAGCUGUUCUAUUGCUUUAGAACAAAUCACCGUCAGCGAAGCUAACAGCAAGCCUGAUCAAAAUGACCGUCCAGUGAAAUACAAGAGACGAAAGUAUAAUGUCCUCACCAUCAAAGAUAAGAACAUAGUCUGUGAAAGCCUUGCCUACAAAGUCAUUGGUUAGUUCUAGCGAAAAAACUGCACCCGGACGCAAGUCGUUGAAGGAGAGACUGACAAUUACACCUUGCAGCAAUGCAAGUGGUAGCCACAAAUUACCAUUACAAGUGCUUGGCCGCGCAUCAAAUCCUAGGUGCUUUAAAACGCAAGGCGUGCCUGAUGGGAUACACUAUUUUUCAAAUAAGAAAGCGUGGCAAACUAGUGCGACGUUUACUGAUUGGUCCUACUCCGUUUUCGUUCCUGAGAUCAAACGGAAGGCAGCUGCACAGAAUAGACCGACUAAUGCGCUUCUAAUUCUAGAUAAUUGCACCGCACAUUGCAGUAAAGAUAUGUUUCAAGUGGAUGACGCAGAAAUUCAGGUGAUCUUUCUUCCUCCAAAUGUGACAAGCUUUCUUCAGCCUAUGGAUCAAGGAAUCAUCAAUGCUUUUAAGGUUAUCUAUAAAUCGAAUUUUCUGCGCCGUGUUCUGUUAGAAACUGACAGCGAUCGCCCAGUUACAGAAGUUAUCAAAUCAUUUAGCCUUUAUGAUGCUAUUCAACUAGCGACUGAUGCGUGGGCCACUGUAACUCCAGAAACGAUUGCUAACUGUUGGCGCAAUCUCUUAAGUCAAGAUCAAAACUAUAACUCGUUCAAGGAUUUCACAAUUUCUUCACCAACAAGUGACCCCCGCGUGUUGCUUUCUAAAGUAGUGCAACUCGUUGAUCCAAACUACGAACUGACCGAAGAAGAAGUUCAAGAGUGGCUAAGCAACUCAGACAACAUAGAUGUAGCGCAAAUAUAUACCGACGAGCAAUUGGCCAAGCCUCUGGUGGUGACUUUUUCGAGGCCGACCAUGAAGAGCAAGAUUGCGAUGCUAACGAAAGUGCUGAGGGUGAUCUUAGUACUUCGGUUAUAUGUACUCUUGGAGCAGUCAAUCCGAAAAACGCAAUGAUUAUAAGUAGGCUAU